AUUUUCAACGUUUGCUACGUACUUUGCCCAUAAAUGAUGAAAAUCGCCCAAAUGUUUAUCGUGAACUAGGACGCGUUUAUCGUUUUAUGGGAAAAUAUCAACAGGCUAUUGAAUAUUUUCGAGUUGCUCUAUUGUUACAACGACGCAGUAUACCACAGUCAAAAUUCGAAUAUGGUUGCACAUUAUCUGGCUUAGCUGUUGUCUACUCUGAAAUUGGUGACCUGAAGCGUGCUAUCCAUUUAAACAAAUGUGCAUUAGGUAUCUAUCAUACUAUCUUUCCAAAUAAUCAUUUAGAGAUCAAUCAAAUUGUCGAUAGAUUAUCCUAUGAUUUAUAUAAGAAUGGUCAAUAUCAAGAAGCUUAUCAUUUAUUAUCAAAGAUAGAUACAUUGAUUAAGGAAAACCGUUUACUAACUAAUCCACAAGCACAAUUAUAUCAUACAUUAGGUUUAUUACAUAAAACAUUUGGCAAUCGAAUAGAAGCACUUGAAUAUCUUAAACAAGCAUUAGCUUUACGUGAGAAAUGGGGACAUAAACAUCAUCCUUAUACUGCUAGAAUCUGCUAUGAAUUGAGUUUAUUGUAUGCAGAAGAGAAUGAUCAACAUGCUUUAGCUUUUGAAUAUGCUCAAAGAUCACUUAAUAUUCGUCAAGCUAAAGUAUCAUCGAAUAACAUUGAACUUGAACAAUCAAUCGAACUUGUCAAACGACUUUCAUAA